AUGUCAACAUCUGUCUCUAGGUCUUGUUCACAAUCUAGUAGAGGUAGGACUGAUAUAACAUGGGCACGUGUUAUUGAGGGUGUAGAUCCAAAUGGAAGGAAGACAUUAAAAUGUCUUCAUUGUGGGAUUACAAAGAGGGAUGUUGGUGCUUGUUUAAAAGUUCCUUUUGAUGUUCAAUACUUGAUGAGAGAAUCACUAAAAGACAUUGGGAUAAAGAAUAAAGAGAAGGUUGACUCUAGUAAGUAUAAUACUCCUUACGGUGCUACCAUACAUGGAUUUGAGGGAGAUAUGUUAAAUGAAGAUAGUGAAGAGUUUCGUCCAUCAGAAAUUCCAAUAAAUGAAGCACAUAGCAUAAAUUUGGUGUUAAAAGACAUAACUAAGAUGGAUCACAUAGUUUAUCUUGCGAGACAUGCUUCUGAGGUGACAAAGUUUGUAUAUAAUCAUACAUUCUUGAUAGCUUGGCUGAGGAAAAGACAGGGUUGGAAAGAAAUUGUCCGUCUGAGCGCAACCUGUUUUGCUACAACUUUCAUUGCAAUGAGAAGCCUUCAUGAGCACAAACAUGACUUGCAAGCCAUGGUGACAGAUAAGUUAUUUGUCGAUUCUCGAUAUGCAAAAAGUAAUAAAGGCAAACAUGUUAUUUGUAUAAUUCUAGAUAGCGAUUUUUUGGAUGAUAUGGGUAAGAUAUCCAAAGUUGUGAGCCCAUUGAUGCGCUUGUUGCGGAUUGUUGACUUAAAUGAGAUGCCUGCAAUAGGAUAUGUGUAUGAUGGCAUGUACAAAGCAAAAAAUGCAAUUAAGAAGUUGUUUAAGAAUAAAAAGAGAUUAUACAAACCUUAUACACGAAUCAUUAAGCUACACUGGGAUAGGACGUUGCGCCGUGAUAUCCAUGUUGCGGCUUAUUAUUUGAAUCCUACCUUUAAAUAUGACGAAGCAUCUUUUUGCGCCAAGCCAGAAGUCAUGAGUGGUUUCCUUGAUACUAUUGAUAGUAAAGCAAGUGCGUUCAAUUUGAACAAGACAGGUUUAAUGGAAGAGAGUAGAUUAUGUUCAAACCAGGAGGAAAGCUUUUCUCGUGGGCUUGCUCUUGAAACCGCCAAAACCACACAUCCUGUUUGGGUUGUGGAUUUCCGUGUUGGCCCUGUUUUGGUCCGCGAUUUGGUGAUGGCUCAUUUGCAGGUGGUUGCUUAA